AUGGACGAGGUCAACAAAAUCUCUGGGCUGUUCGAGAGCGAUGUGCUCAUCACCAUCGCCCCUGAGAACAGCAACACAAAGUUCCAGGUCCCGCGAGCGCUGCUCUGCCAUGCUUCGCAGUACUUCAAGAGUGCGUUGCAGGGCACCUUCGCCGAAGCCUCAACCUGGACUUUGACCCUGCUAGGCUACGAUGUCGACACCAUUAGAUUAUUCUUCACUACCUCAUCACGCACAGAGUCCCCAGCGGACAUCCUACAAGCUGUCGCUUGCCGCACGCCUCAGACGAAAAGUAUGAAUUCGUUACCGAGCACCAGCAAAGGCUGA